CGCGGGAGUUAUGGAGGGGGCGGGCUCUGCAGGGAAGUGCGUCAGAAGAGGCGCGGGGAGAGUAGGCUGCCGUGGUCCGAGCUCGGAGGCGAAGCCGGUGCCGCAGGAGGAUGGGCGUAUGCAGGUGAUAGACUAGAGAGCAAGACCUCUGUCUCCGUAGCAUCUUGGAGCAGUCUGAGUGCCAGAAUGGAUAACCGUUUUGCUACAGCGUUUGUAAUUGCUUGUGUGCUUAGCCUGAUUUCCACCAUCUACAUGGCGGCCUCAAUUGGUACAGACUUCUGGUAUGAGUAUCGAAGUCCAGUUCAAGAAAAUUUAAGUGAUUUGAAUAAGAGCAUCUGGGAAGAAUUCAAUACCGAUGAAGCAAAUGAAAAGACUUACAUUGAUGCACUUUUCCGAUAUAAUGGCACAGUGGGAUUGUGGAGAUGGUGUAUCAGCAUGCCCAAAAACACACAUUGGUAUACGACCUUAGAAAGGACAGAGUCAUUUGAUGUUGUCACAAAAUGUAUGAGUUUCACACUAAAUGAGCAGUUCAUGGAGAAAUUUGUUGAGCCUGGAAACCAGAAUAGUGGAAUUGAUCUACUUCGGACCUAUCUUUGGCGUUGCCAGAUCCUUUUACCUUUUGUUAGUCUAGGUUUGAUGUGCUUUGGGGCUUUAAUUGGACUUUGUGCUUGUAUCUGCCGAAGCUUAUAUCCCACCAUUGCCACAGGCAUUCUCCACCUCCUUGCUGGUCUGUCUACACUGGGCGCAGUAAGUUGUUAUGUUGCUGGAAUUGAACUGCUCCACCAGAACCUAAAGCUACCUGAGAAUGUAUCCGGUGAAUUUGGAUGGUCCUUCUGCCUAGCUUGCGUCUCAGCUCCCUUACAGUUCAUGGCUUCUGCUCUCUUUAUCUGGGCUGCUCACACCAAUCGGAAAGAGUACACCUUAAUGAAGGCAUAUCGCGUGGCAUGAGUAGGAAACUCCUGUUUUACCAUUGCUACUUUUAAUAUUUUUGAUAUUCAUACUUACCCUUGCCUCCCAUUGUUUUUAAUUUUUAUUUUUUGUGGAUAUAUCAUUUUAUUCUGAAAAUCCAUUUUAUUUAUACACCCUACUCUAAAUGCACACUUAAUAACACUAAAAUUUAUGUGGUUUACUCUGAGUGAUUUCAUCUUUCAAAUAAACCAGUCAGCAUCAACGUCUAGACAGAAAGAAAUGGGUAAAGAGUUGACACAAAUUUAUGAAAGAGAAUUGAAAGUGAAAAAUUGACCCAGAACAGGUUCUGCUGAUGUCUGUUUUAGACUUUCUAGUAAAGGUAACUCCAUCUGUUAAACUAGAAACUUUAAUUUCUUUGGGAAACCUCUUAUGAAUGUCAAAACAUCCAUACUUUUCUUUUGUAGCCAGUCAGCCAGUGGUCUUAAUGCUACUUUCAAAGGCUUAAAGCUCCAUAAAAUUGGGAAAUUAUGUGUGAUCUUUUUCCCUAAACUUCGGCACAUACCUUCAUCUGAGGUGAAAUAUGGCAGCUGUUUAUAUCUCUAAUGUGUCUCUCUACAAGGAAAGAAGUGAAAAGAUGGCAGUGUUUACUUGGAAGUUUAAUUUUAUAAUUGCAGAAGUUCCAGUUUAGCCAGAUAAAUGAGUUGAUCUUACUAUUUUAGUUUUAAAAUGUCAUUAGGAUUUUCAGUACCACCAAACCAUUUUGAAUUUUUGUUCCUUUUUACAUACCAGGUUUAUUAAAAGAGUGCUUUCUUUUUAACAGUACAUUAGGAUCACAAAAUAAAAUUCCCCAACAGUUUUCUGUUUAUUCUAAUUAAGUAUCACAAAGUUCUACCAUAAUUACCCUCCAGAGCUGGGAAUACUACCACAAGGUCUAAAGCUGUGGCUGUCCAUUAACCUCCAGCUAUGGUCUUUAUUUCUUGUGGUGAAAUGAUGUGCCUUUCCUUGCCUAAAUCCCUUCCCUGGUGUAUCAGCAUUAUAUAAUGUCAUCUAAUUCAAUCAUUUUUUAUAACUGUCUAUAAACAUUGAAGUUUUAAAAAUCUUAUUUAUUUAUUCCAUACUGUAGCACUUGACAGAUUAAAAAAAAAAAGGAACAGUAAUUUCUUACCAUAUCCUAAAUCUGUCUUUUUUAUAAAAUAAAAAUGAGAAGAGACUCAAA